AUGGAGUCCGGACCAGAUAUUGAAUCGCAAAAACCCAUCCCACAGGUCGAGUCUCCUCAUGACUCGGAACAAGAAGAUGACUUGGCCCUCAAACCCCAGCCGUCAAAUGCCUAUGGUAUUCCAACAUGGCGGAAAUGCCUCAUUCUCUUCGUUGUCAGCUGGAUGACGCUGGCUGUCACUUUCUCCAGCACUUCUCUAUUACCUGCAACACCCGAGAUCGCUAUCGAGUUUUCUACCACAUCGGAAAUUCUCAAUGUCACCAAUUCCGGUGUUCUAAUUGCAAUGGGAUUUUCGUCUUUUAUUUGGGGACCUAUUAGCAACCUAUUUGGGCGGCGCAAUGCUUAUAACGCAGCCAUUCUAAUACUUUGUGCAUGCUCGGCGGGUACCGCGGCGGCGAUCAAUUUGCAUAUGUUUAUCGCAAUGCGUAUUUUGGGAGGCUUUACGGGUACCUUCUUUAUGGUUGCUGGACAAACCAUUCUUGCAGAUAUUUUUGAACCGACUGUACGUGGUACGGCUGUGGGCUGCUUUAUGGUUGGAUCUGUCAGCGGGCCUGCAAUUGGACCGUGUAUCGGCGGCAUCAUCGUCACAUUUGCCCAGUGGCGCAUUAUCUACUGGCUGCAGUUCGGAAUGACUUUACUCGGCCUUGCCUUAUCUCUUCUUUUCGUGCCGAGCAUUCAAGAAAAGAAGCGCGCCAUUGACUUCAGCAAGCCCUGGAAGAUCCGCACCCUUCUAAGCAUGUUCAAUCCGCUGCGCAUCUUUCGUCAGUUCGUAUAUCCCAACAUUUUUCUUGCAUUCCUCACAUGUGGUCUUCUCUCUACAUUCCAAUACGCCCUUCUCACAUCAGCCCGCUCAAUUUUCAACCCUCGUUUCAAUUUAACAUCGCCUCUCAUCAGUGGUCUCUUUUACCUUUCUCCGGGAAUAGGCUUCCUGGUGGGCAGCGUCGUUGGCGGAAAAUUAUCCGAUCGCGCUGUGAAGAAAUGGAUUAUCAAGCGAAAUGGAGUGCGUCUGCCUCAGGAUCGACUGAACAGUGGCCUUGCCACACUUUUCGGUGUUCUCCCCACUGCAACUUUAAUCUACUGUUGGACCUUGGAGGAGGAAGUGGGUGGGAUGGUUGUGCCCAUAAUUGCUGCGUUCUUUGCGGGCGUUGGCCUUUUGGGUGCUUUCAAUGGACUCAACACGUACUCCGCCGAGGUUAUGCCGCAUGUUCGCUCGGAGGUCAUCAGUGGGAAAUACUUUGUGCAAUACAUUUUUGCUGCCAUGGCGACCGCGGUUGUCGAGCCAUUGAUUAGUGCCAUUGGAGUAGGAUGGACAUUCACAAUCUGUGUUUUCUUCGCCAUCACAAGCGGAUUCCUUGUUCUCGCCAUCACAAAAUGGGGCAUGGACAUGCAGCGAUGGUCCGAGAGGAAGCUCGGCCUCGAUGCGAAAUCUUGA